CUCGUGUCCGCGUUAGUCUUCUCUCGGUCGUGUUGGUAUGCGUUGGGUGGAUUUCCCCGAGUGUAGACAAGAGAUUCACCGAAAGUACGUUGUGUUACUUCGUGAAUUAAUGAUUUUACUAUCGUUAGUGUACUUCUACAGUAUGUCAGAUAAGCUUGACACUUUCCCUUUAUAACCGUAUAAAGGAAUUGCUCUGAGUAUGUACUACUGCUUUCAUGACAAACUAAGGUGUGUAGAAAGUUCACGUACAAGUAUGAGGUGUGGUGCCCUACGCUACUUGCUCUUAUUGUGUGUGGUCAUCUUGGCACACAGGGUGGACCACACACGGGCCGAACAGCUCAAACUUAGCAGUGGGUGUGUGAAGGGGUCUGGGUGUUCGCAAUGUCCUGCGGACCACUACACACGGGCGCCUGAUGGCUCCAUGCUCUGCUGCCCUGGGUGUGCUGCCGCCAUCCUCUACCAUGGUAGUUUCCCCAGCAGCUGGUGUGUCUGCUACAAUGCAGGAACCAAAGGGGAAAAUGAUGUUGAAUCUAGGACAAUAAGGUUUCCUGGGUCAUCCAGCCUGGAAUCAAAGCUUCCACCAAGCAGGAGUGAUACUGCUGGAUUCUUCAGCCUGGAGCAGACAUCUCCUGCGAGAGGAAGCCUCAGGGAUGCACUCUACAUCCUCAAUCAAGGAGAGUAUGUUGAGACCACUAGCCCUGUGGUGUCCCCGGCAGUACAGAAGGCCCUCAUGCUGAUGGCCGACACACUAGAGGACCUCCAUGCUCGGGUGUCACUGUUGGAAUCCAUUGUCUUGCGUACCUCAGAUCUUCAGCCUAGUGGCAGUAUAGACCGUGUGGGGACGGUGAAACCUUCAUCAGAAGGCUUUUGUGCCUCCUCCAGCUUCACUCGUAUCGGCAAUGGCUGCUACCACUUCUCUGUCAUGCGUGACCACCGUGCACAUUGGAAGGAUGCCAACGACUCAUGUGCAGCCAUUGGAGGGAAGUUGGCAGAGCCCACCACAAGGCGUGAAUUCAUAGACCUCGCACAGCACCUCUCUCUCUCUUCAUCCACCACUGGUUUCGGCUAUUGGAUAGGUGGGCUGUACCCAGGAUUAUCGUGGCGGUGGUCAUACAUUGGGAAAGAGGUAACCCUCAACCCCUCUUACUGGACAGGAGAAGACUCCUCAGGACGGAAGGUGGUACCUGGUGACACUACCCCAGGGAGGUGUCUUACUCUCACCUACUUAGUCAAGGCCUCAGACUACUUCUAUGCUGCUGAUGAAUGUGGCUUCGAGAAGUAUUACAUCUGUGAGCUGUUAGAAAGAUCUCACAGGAAAUUUUGAAGGUAGGUCUUGAACUUCUCCUGCUGCAUCUCCCCUUCUUAAAUGGAUCGUCAGGAGGUUGAAGAAGGCUUAUGUACUGUAUGUACCCUAAUAAAGAGGGCCCACAGGAGGCUUUAAAAGGGCUUAUUUACCCCAUCUUCAGGAAAUUCAGAAGGUAUUUUUGUAUCUUUCCUGUAAAAAAAAAAUUCCACAAGAGAACGAAGAUAGCUCCAGCUCCUCCCUUGGUAAAGAAGACCCACAAUAAAUUCUGAAGUAGACUCCUGUUCCUCCUUGCCCAAAAUUGGAAGUAGGAUUAUAUCUGUUCCACAUUUGUUAGAAAAUCCAGCAGGAUUCUUUUGAGUGUCUUCUGCACCUCCUUACCUAGAAAGAACCUACGGAUGGUUCUGGAUGUGGCAGCACUAUCUGUGCUGUUAUAGAGGACCCACAAAAGUCUGAGUAAUAUAGCAUCUGCACUUCUUCUGGUACUGGGCAUUUAGUUAAAUAAAUGGUUAUACUGUAUAUACUGUACAGUAUAACUAAUUAUUAUUAACUUCAUACAGAAAUCUAUUUCUCUGAUUUGUGUAAGACAGUUUAUAUUAGAAAAUGUCACUGCUUAAGUAAGGUUGAAUACUGUACUGUAAUGCCUGUAACUGUAAUUCACACAGAACAUUGUCUUGGUAGUAUUGUACAGUUGUGGAAAUGUGUUCCUACACCCCCUGUGGUAACCCAAACGGCACCGUCACAGUAGCAUUAUCACUACCGGGUAAUUAUGAUUGAAUGGGUAUUGCUCAUGUAACAGCAGACGUGAUUGGGAGAUAGGUUUGCUAUAGGUCAUAUAGAUUGGCCGUUUGGAGACACGGUCACCACAGAGGGCAUAGGAACACAUUUCCGCAACUGUACCUGUAAUUAUUUAUUUACACAUUAAUAUUGUCAUGCACUCUAAAUCAUAAAAUCUACUGAAUAUUUACCACUCACAGGUAUCUAUAGAUAUUUGUGUAAUAUUCAUUAUCUUUUAUCUGUUACAUGAAAUUCUCAAAAUCAGACAUUGGGGAAGUUUUAAGUGAAUGGAAAUAGAAUGUAUAUUUUUUGCAUUCAUUUAAUAUAGAGGUUUAUGACAGCAUAUAUUUUCUGGUGAUGAAAUUAACUGAAAGUCAAGCAAAUUCUUCUCAAGCGUAAAUUUUCAGCUUGGAAAAUUCUCACUAUCAUCUAAGAAAAUCACAUACACCCAACUGUACAUUAUUUUAUUGCUAUCAUUGUCUAACAAGCAACAACAUUAAAAUUAUACAGUAGCUUCUCGCUUAAAGAGUAAUGAAACCAAAUACAGGGUACACAAAAACACCAAGCCACAUUUAGUACAUACAGGUACACACAAACAUUCUUAUAAAAUUACAACUGUACAAAUUCAAUGCCAUCUGCAUCUGCUCUUCACAGUAGCUACUGAUACUGUACUGUCAAUAAUUAGCUACUCCUUUCAUAAUGUUUGUGACAAUCAUUUCCAGUAUUGUCAGUGUUAACCUGCACGAGAAACUUGUUUGGGAUUUUGCCGGAUUGUAAUUUUGUAGACCACUUUAUGGCCUGUCAAAACAAAUGAGGGAUCUCUUUAAUAAAAUUUGAAAAAAAAAAGAAUAAUACCCACCCACUAA